UCUGUGACCGUAAAAUAGCGUAGUUUUCAAUCGUUUCUGUGAUAUAAUAUAACGUAAUUUUGAGUCGUUAAUUUCUUAUACUACUAAUACGAAAAUGAACAGCAAAGUUGUCACGUUAUUCUUGGUUGUUGUCUGCUGCUUUCUGUCAUGGCAUCAAGCAUCAGCCAAAAUAGGACCACAAUGUCUUUUACCAUUGGAUGUUGGCGUAUGCAGAUCUAGUCAACCGAGAUACGGAUACAAUCCAGAGACGAAUCAGUGUGAAUUAUUUAUGUAUGGAGGUUGCGAGGGUAAUGAAAACAAUUUCGAAACUCUGGAAAAAUGCCAUGAAAUAUGUUCGUAGAUAUCAAACAGAUGGAUUAUUAAAAAUGGUUAAAUUAUAUAUACAAUGGCUUACAGAAGCAUUUGAACAGACAUGAUCAACGUAUGCAAAAAUGAAAUUAUACAUGUACGUGCUUAUAUGUAAAAAAAAAAUUAAUUGUUCUCGAACAUUUUAUAAGGAUAUGCCAUUCAUAUUUAUAAAUCAUAAAUAAAAAAAGAUUAAUAAACAAUUUUGACAAUUCACACGAAGUGAUAGUCUCAAUAUUGGUGAAAAAUGAUUGUAUGUAAAGUAAAAUAAUACACUGAUUAUUACACACUA